AUGACAGUUUCAAAAGAAUAUACAAAUUAUUCGAGCAGAAGAAAAAUAAAGAAUUAUGCAAGAAAAGUAUGCAGUACGAAAACAUUGAAAAAACGUCUACCAAUACUAGAAUGGUUACCGAAAUACAAUUUGUCUUUUCUGCUUCAAGAUGUAUUGGCAGGAACAACAGUUGGACUUACAGCGAUAUCUCAGGGCAUAGCAUACGCAGUGAUCGCUGGUUUAUCACCAGAAUAUGGACUUUAUGCAUCAUUAACAGCCGGUUUUGUUUACAUUAUAUUUGGAAGCUGUAAAUUUGUUACUGUGGGACCAACAGCAAUAGUUUCAACAAUGACUGGUAAAUACGUGGCAGGUUUCUCACCAGAUUUUGCGAUUCUAGCGGCAUUCCUGUCUGGUGUAAUAAUAUUAUCGAUGGGAAUUUUUAACCUCGGAUUCCUUGUGGAAUUCAUAUCUAUGCCAGUGAUAAAGGGAUUUACUACAGCCGCUGCCCUCCAAAUUAUGGCGUCGCAACUGAAAUCUUUAUUUGGCCUUACUGGCGCUGCUGGUAGUUAUUUCGCAGAAUCAGUCUACAAUUUUGUUAAAAAUAUUAAGAGUGCAACUCUGUGGGAUCCUGUAUUGGGUUUUAUUACGAUUGCCAUACUUCUGUUAUUAAAGAAAAUUGGUGAAGGUUGUAAACGUACUGAUGGCUUAGUUAAACAGAUAAGAUGGUUUAUUUCUCUUGCCAGAAAUGCUGUGAUUGUGGUUGUUGGCAUGGCCGUGGCUUACGUUAUUAAAAUUACAAUGGACAGUGAGCCUUUGGCUUUAGUGGGUGAUAUUGGCAGUGGACUACCUUCGAUUGGACCUCCACCGUUUUCUACAGUUUUCAAUAAUCAAACAUAUUCAUUUUUAGAUAUGCUACAAACUCUGGGCCCAAAAUCGAUAAGUCUACCUUUGGUUAUAGUAAUUGAAUCAGUCGCUAUAGCAAAAGCUUUUUCUGAAGAUGGUCGAGUAGAUGCCACUCAAGAAAUGAUUGCUCUUGGACUCUGUAAUAUUAUCGGAUCAUUUGCAAAAAGUAUGCCAAUAACUGGUGCGUUUUCACGAGCAGCUCUAAAUUAUGCAUCUGGAGUUCAAACUCAAGCUGGAGGCAUCACUAACUGUUUACUUAUAAUUGUGGCGCUUACAAUUUUUACUUCUACUUUUUACUAUAUACCAAAAGCAUGUUUGGCAGGUUUAAUCAUAGUUGCCAUGUUUUCAAUCAUGGAUAAUAAAAUAUUCUUAAAACUCUGGAAAGCUAGCAAAAAAGAGUUUGUUGUUUUAAUAAUCACUGUGAUCGUAUGCUUAUGUGUAGGUUUAGAGUAUGGCAUCGUUACAGGUGUAGCAGUUGAAGCAUUAAUGUUGUUAUUUAAGCAAUCUAGACCAAUAAUUGACGUAAAGAUAUUGAAAAAUGAUACUGGAGAAAUAACCCUUAUUCCGUUACCUGAAGUUCUAUCAUAUUGUGCUGCUGAACACCUUAGGAGAUUACUCCUAAAGGUUUCAACACGAUUGGAUACUAACAGCGUGACAGUUAUUGAUGGAGCAAAUUUAAAAAGUAUGGACUCUAGUGUGGCAGCAAAUAUACUGUCAGUGAUAGAGGAUUAUGAAAAAAGAGGUUGUCAUAUGUGGCUUUUAAAUUUUAAUAAUGAUAUAAAACAUAUGUGUACUGUUGUUAAUCAAAAUAUUUCUGGCAAAUUUGUUAAUGCUCCAAAUGUACUAGAUUUGACUGUAGCAUUUCGAAAAGAAGUAUAA